AUGGUACUUGCCCAGUAUCUAAAGAAGGUCGUGGGUUGGAUCGCUCCUCCUCCGCAAAAGUCCGAAGAUGGACGUGAUCAAUGGCCCUCCCGAGCAGCUUUCCUGCUAGCCGCCAUGGGAGGCUGCGCCGGUCAGGGAAAUCUGCUACGAUAUCCCUCGGUGGUCUACAAUAACUACGGACUACAGUGGUUCAUCCCCUACCUGUUAGCUGUGUUUGUAAUCGCCAUUCCGGCACUUAUUCUCGAGAUUGCGAUUGGACAAGCCUAUCGUGGUGGGACAGUGAUUGCAUUCAAUAAUAUCAACCAUCGGCUGAAAGGCGUUGGCAUGGGCCCGAUUUUGGUCAGUUUUGUCGUCGUGCAAUACUUCACAGUCAACUUGGCAUGGAUCAUGAACUAUUUCCGCAACUCCUUCCGUAGCCCACUACCAUGGGAGGGCAGAAUCGAGGAAUUCUACAUGGGCAAUGUUGUUGCUAAUAUCAACCCGGUGAUUGGCAAUCUCACUGCUGGCAAUGGUGCCGUUGCCCGCUACACCGUGUACCCUGGCGUUGCCCUUAUCGGCGAGACGGUCGGCUGGAGCGCCUUCAUCUGGUUUCUGAUAUGGAUUUCCAUCUUCCGUGGAGUAGGCCUGACAGGUCGUGUCGUCUACUGGACGAUGGGUCUGCCGAUUGUCACCACCAUCAUUAUCGUCGGUCGCUCUUGUUCACUGGAAAAUGCGAGCGAGGGUAUCCGACUCUUAUGGGCAACAUGGAGGAGUGAUCAACUAGCCUCAGGCACUGUCUGGCAAACUGCUGUCGGACAAGUCUUCUUUUCUACCGGCAUUGGUUUCGGUUAUUUCACUUCCUAUGCUUCCUAUAAUUCCAAACAUUCGAAUGCUGUCAUGGACGCAAUUCUCAUUUGCGGAAGUAACGUCCUGUUCGAAAACGUUGCUGCCUUUGCCGUGUUUGGUGUUGUAGGCUACCUCCGACGUUGGCCACAGGAUGGCGAGAGAUUGGGUGCAUUCGUGGUCGGUUUCCUGACACUCCCUGAGGCUGUGCUUCACAUGCCUGGCGCGAAUUGGUGGGCUAUCCUCUUAUUCUUUACAUUGGUGGUUCUCGGAUUUAGCUCGGCCUUUGUGAUGCUCGACGCAGUGGCUACGUUGGCCGUGGAUUCUGGCAUGAAAAUGUCUCGACCGAUGAUUGUGACUAGCCUCACAAUAAUAUCAUUCCUCAUGAGCUUGCCAUACUGCACCGAAUUUGGAUUCUACCUACUGGAUGGAAUCGACCGAUGGAUUAACAAUGUGGCUUUGAUCUUUGUUGUGUGGUCGGAGCUCGUCGGUGCAACCACUGUUUAUCGCUGGCACGACGUGGUAAGCCAGACAGGCCUGCCUGCUUUUGUUGUGUAUAAUUUUGGAUACUUUGGUGGCCAGAUUGUCGGAGUUGCCGUCGCACACGGUGCAUCGAAUCCAUCAGCUGGUGCCGGCACUGGGUUUGGGUUGUAUAUCGUCUGCUCGGUGCUUUCUAUCUUCAUCGCCACGACCCCGGGUAUCAAGGCUGCCAGCUUCUGGGGACGCAACCCUCUGCUCAGUCGAUUUUGGUAUUUAGCAUUCUACUCUGGUAAUCAAUUAAGACGCGACCUGAACGGCGUCGUUGGUGGUAAUGGAAACUGGAACAUCCCUCGUUUCUGGCCUCUUUUACUCCGGUAUGUCAGCGCACCUAUUCUGGCCAUUGUGUUCAGCUUUGCGUAUCCUGAAUUCUAUUCCUUGCGAUAUGACCCAAUGAUGAUCGCCGGGUUUAUUUUGGCCCAUUUUUGUUUACUCUUGGUUCUGCUCGGUUUGGUGUUUCCACGAUACUACAAUAUUUUUAUUCCACCUCAUCGAAGAGCCGAGGGCACCGAAGUGACGACUGCCAAUCAGUCCAAAGAACAGGGCGUGCCGGACGUCGAGAUGUUUGAGUUAGAGUCUGGCAUGCCAUUGUCGUUUUCGACCCGGAAGAAUUCUGACAUGAUAGAUACUAAACAUUCGACGGUGCCAAAGAUAUAG